CGCGCCUCGUCUUCUAAAAAAGGGUUGAAAGAGGCGGCGGCCACGACAGCAAUAAACUCGACCUGCGCCUCUGCCUUGUGAUUUUCUACCUGAUUUCUCUGCGUUUUUGUGGGUGUUUCUGAUUGCCUGACUACGUGACUACGAAAGAGCAGAAGAAAAGAUAUAUCAGGAAUUCUGAGGUUUACUGGAACUUGGUAAUUGCGUGAUCUUCUUGACUUUGCAACUUCACAUCAACUACUUUCACUUCAACUACAUCACCACUCCACCCCAGCAGCAAUGGCAAUCGAAAACUCAAUCAUCGUCCCCGCCUACCACGAGCACGACAACAUCCGUCCGCUGACGACGCGGCUCUUUGCAGCACUUGAAUCCGAGGCCUCGAGCACCGAGCUGAUUUUCGUCGACGACAACAGCAACGACGGGUCGGUCGAGGAGGUCGACGCGCUCAAGGCCGAGGGGUUCAAUGUCUCAAUCAUCGUCCGUACGACCGAGCGCGGACUCAGUUCGGCGGUCGUGAGGGGGUUUAUGGAGGCGAAGGGGAAGUACCUCGUGUGCAUGGACGCGGAUUUGCAGCACCCGCCAGAGCGCGUCCCUGCUUUGCUGCACAAGUUGCACAGCUACGCGUUCGUGCUCGGAACUCGGUACGCGCCCGGCGUCGAGAUGGAUAAGGACUGGCCGCUGUACCGACGCAUUAUCUCGAGCGGAGCGCGCACGCUUGCUGUUCCGUUGACGCCCGUUAGCGAUCCGAUGACUGGGUUCUUUGGAAUACAAAAGGAAUACGUCACAAAAGCAGCCGACCAUAUCAACGCGCAAGGCUUCAAGAUCGCGCUCGACAUCCUGGUCAAGACCGGCAUCCCGUCGUCGUCGAUCGCCGAACUGCCGUUUUCGUUUGGCGUGCGCACGGUCGGCGAGUCAAAGUUGACGGGCAAGGUGAUGAUUUUCUAUCUGGAGCAGCUCAAGGAGCUGUAUAUCUACAAGUUUGGACUGCCGGCGAUCGUGGGCGUGUUGCUUGCGCUUGUGGUGCUGGGGUUGUUUGCGUUGGUGUUGUUGGUGAAGAUGGUUGUAUGAUAUGGGGAAGUAGUCAAUCGAUAAUUACAUUUAAAU